GCGGCCUGCGGUGCCCCGCGUCCGGGAUCGCGAAACUCCGGGGACCAGGCGGGCAAGCCCCGGGGGUUUAGAGGAUCGCGAAUGUGGAGUGGAAAUGAUCGCCCUGGGGCGAGGCGCGGCUGAGAGUUCCGGGGCUGGGAGAGAAUCCCGACUGGGCGGCUGGAGACCUGCGUCCUGGUCCCCGCUCUGCGAUGGAGACGCUAAAUGGCCGGAGAUAGGAACUAGCCCUAUUGAAGACCCAUCUUCUUCAGCCAGAACUGAGACACUCACAGGGCUGAGGCUUCAGAGACCUCAGGGACUUCUUUCAAUACUCACAGAAACCUCCUUUACCCUGGUGAUGGCACAAAGGGACUGUUUUCUUGCUCUUAGUCUGAAUAACUGCCAGGAAGGAAGGCAGAGGUAGAGCUGUGGUUCUUCCCAUAGCUCCUGAUCUCAGAUGUUAUUCAAAUUCUCUCUGAGCCCCAGGACAAAGCUCACUUGAACAAAUGAUUUUGAGUCAUGAAUGAAGAAUCUUGCUCUUUCCAUAAGGAGAAAGAAUUAACUAAUGGACAGGCUGAACAUGUGUCUGCCCGCUGCUCUCCACCACCUGACAGGGACACCGGUGCUCUUCUGGCCUUCCGAGGAAUUCCGAUCUCAGAGUUGAAGAACCAUGGAGUCCUUCAGGCCCUGACAACCGAAGCUAAUGGAUGGCAGCCAGGCGUUGUGAGUACAGAGGUGCUCAGAGCCCAAGAAGAAUGGGAGGCCGUGGACAGCAUCCUGCCAGAGACAGGGAAUCAGGCCAGCUCAGACCAGCCUGGGCAGCUGAUCUCCUUCAGUGAGGCGCUACAUCAUUUCCAGACUGUGGACCUCUCCUCCUUCAAGAAAAGAAUCCAGCCAACUAUUCGAAGGACCGGGCUCGCUGCCCUCCGACACCGCCUCUUCGGGCCUCCCAAGCUCCAUCAGGGCCUCUGUGAGGAAAGGGACUUGGUCCUAACCAUCGCUCAGUGUGGCCUGGAUAGCCAAGACCCAAUGCAUGGCCGAGUUCUCCAGACCAUCUACAGGAAGCUGACUGGCUCCAAGUUUGACUGUGCCCUUCAUGGAGAGCACUGGGAAGAUCUGGGCUUCCAGGGAGCAAACCCAGGCACAGACUUGAGAGGGGCAGGCUUCCUCGCCCUCCUGCACCUGCUGUACCUGGUGAUGGACUCAAAGACUUUACUGAUGGCUCAGGAGAUUUUCCGCCUGUCUCAUCACCAUAUCCAGCAAUUCCCUUUCUGUCUGAUGUCUGUGAAUAUCACCCGCAUCACAAUCCAGGCCUUAAGGGAGGAGUGUCUCUCCAGGGAGUGUAAUCGGCAGCAGAAGGUGAUCCCGGUGGUGAACAGCUUCUACGCUGCCACUUUCCUCCGUCUGGCACAUGUCUGGAGGACGCAGCAGAAGACCAUCUCCGACUCAGGCUUUGUCCUCAAAGACUUGGAAGUGUUGGCCAAGAAGAGCCCAAGGCGGCUGCUCAAGACCCUGGAGAUCUACUUGGCAGGAGCAUCAAAGGGACAAGCCUCCUUGCUGGGAGCACACAAGAGCAAUGGGCCACAAGCCUCUCACUCCAAGGACCUCACCUUCACAGGUGUGUGCGACCUGCUGCCGCACUCGUCGGAAGGCACACGGCUGAUCUGACCAACCCCGGAGGCUGACUGAUGGACUGGAAGGCCGUGCCACCGGGCCUUUCAGAAGGCACAUGCAAGCCAUGUCAGGAGCACCCUGGCUGGGCCAGCUGCCAGUCUCAGCAGAAGAGACGGGACAUAGGGACAUAGUCUGGGGAGCCACGGACCCUUAUACAUGAGACGUUAGGGGUGGUGAGCUGACCCACUCCCCAUAGUCUUGUCUCCAGAGCAAGGAGAAUUUUGCCCUAAUCUUAGUUGGACUGUAGCUUCCAGGUCCUCUCAAGGAGCAAGUGGAUCAAGCCCCACCCCCGGGUGUACCGUGUAUCCCGAUGUUAAAGGGUUUUCCCCAGGAAAGGCACCAGAAUUCUGAUCCCUGGCAGGGGCCCUCAGACCCCUGGUGUCUGCAGGACAGGGUAUGUAGUUAGAAACGAAGAGGCAGUAGAGGCAGCCACCAACAGGGGGCAGCACCAACCAGGCAAGCCACCUGCCGCUGCUGCUGGCUGAGCCUGCCUUCCUGUCUGUCCGCAGGGCCAGGAUCAGAACCCCUGCCCAGGUUUCUGCCUUGUAUUUACCCCACCCUCACCUCUCACCAGUCCUCCUGUCCGGUGGAAGUUGUGCAGUUCCCAUUAGGGAUGGUUUUCUGGCCUGCUCAAGGGAAGGCAGAAAUGCACACACCAGCAGUUUUUGAAUAAAAUUGAAUUAGGU